UCUCCCGAUCUUAUCAACCCAGCGCUCUUCCUCACUCCAUCCACUAUCAGCGCCGUCUCCUCAUCUUCCCCAUCCUCUGCCUUCCUCUACCGCCCCGUUUGCUGCUGAAAAGACCAUGGCGACCACAUUGGCUGAUCAAAAACGUCCUCAAUUACAGCCCGUGUGCCAGAAUUGCGGCACCUCCACUACCCCCCUCUGGCGCCGUGACGAACUCGGCUCCGUGCUCUGCAACGCCUGUGGUCUAUUCUUGAAACUACAUGGGAGGCCUCGUCCGAUAAGCCUCAAGACCGAUGUGAUCAAAAGUCGCAACCGCGUCAAGACCGCCGGUCAGGGUACCAAGCGCAAGUCGGGCGGUACUAUCGAUACCAAUGGCCUCUCUGCCUCCCGAUCCGAAGCAGGGACUCCGCCUCUGGGAUCGCAUGGCAAUCGUCGCGCGUCGCGCAAGACGUCUCCUGGCCACUCCGACCGAUCCAACUCGCCGGUGCCGCGCACGGAAACGCCUGGUCUCCCUCAGGUGCAACAACAACACCCCCAAUCGCUGCACAACUCCAACAUUGCACCGCAACACAUGUUUGACAGUGUGACCAUUGGGGACCAUGGCAUGAAUCCGCCCAAUUCAAUGCCUUCGGUGCAGUUGCGCCAGCCUUCCCCGACCUCGACCUCCGCGGCGGGCGACCGUCACCCCGAGUCUCCCCAGACUUAUGAAGGUCUCUUGGCGGCGAACACAUCCCUGAAGACGCGCGUGAGCGAAUUGGAGUUCAUCAACGAACUCUUCCGCGGUCGCGUCGCGGAGCUUGAGCGAAGCGAUGCGACGGCUCGCCGGUCCGAAAUGAUCGUUCGCGACUCGGAAGUCCGGCUGCGACGGUCUCUGGAAGAGGCCCAGCGACGCGAGGACGAUCUUAAACAGCGGGUUGCCGACCUUGAGCGGCAGCUCGCUGACAAAAUCACUCCCAACCACAUCACGAACAGCGACAGUCCGGGUGAACCGCUAGCCAAGAGAAUGCGAUUGUCAGACGUGGUCGAGCAACCAGCUGAGUCUCCGACUAAAUCGCCCAAGAGCGUCUAACCCAGGAAGGAAGGCUCAGUAUGUUGGACGGAAGCGUCCGCGUUGUCGAUCCCAACGCGUAUUCGCGCGUUGCUGAGAUCUCUGAUCUGAUCUUCC